GAUAUUGAUAUUCUGUGGUUGUUGUGGGUGUGUCUGUCUGGUUAUUGUUGAAGUUGAAGAGGUUGGUUGUGCGAUUUGGUGUCUGUGAGUUGGUAGUUGGGGACAGUGUUGGUGUUUGUCUGUUUUGUGUUGUGAUUCUCGGCGGUGGUUGUGUAUCAGCUAGCCUAGCCUGUAUCCAGCAGACAGCACAAUGUAGAACCCUGAAGUCAGUCACUGAUGGAAGAGGCCCUCGCGAUAAUAAAGAAACGGAAGAAUGUGGUCAAAGGAGCUUUUACGAAGUUUAAGUUGUCCAAAGAGAAAGUAGCCAAGAGUCCCUACAAACCACCAGGAGAACACGCACUCUUUGAAUUCAGUGACAUGACCAAAAGGCAGCUUCAUCAGGACUUGGACAAGAAUGGUGAAGCCGCACAGAAGGUGUCCCUUGUCAAGCGCGGAGAAAUAAGAGGUGUGUUUCGGGAGUUCAAGGAGGAGGCGCUAGGUCCUCCCAGGAGAAGAAAGGCAGCCAGAGCCACUAUUCAGCCUCAGACUGCCAGGGAUUACCUUCUUGCUGCUCGAACUACGGCUAGAGACAAGAACUUGACUGAAGUGGCUGAAAUAGAAGCGCAACGGCUUCAGGAGGAACUUUGCCGAGAGAGAGCCAUCAACUCAGAGCUUGAGUCUCAGCUUGACUUUCACGAAGCUGCUUUGCAGGAAUUUCUUCAGCAUCAUUACCGUCAAGUGGCCGAGACUGUUACAAAAGGUGACGAGGCCCACAGAAACCUGACAGAGCAAGAGGUUAAAAUAGACUAUUUUUCUGGCCUGCUGGCAGAAUCGCAAACAGUACAAGACGAAGAAAAGGAGAGACUGCAAGAGCUAACAGCCUUCCAGCAGUUCCUGGCUGCUGUCACACCAGCUCAGUCGCUGAAAGAUCUCAAAAGGAGAACGAAAGAAAUUUACGAAGAAGUCCAGGUGUCCCAUGGAAUGGACACCAAUCGAACCGCUACCGAUUCUGUUGAAAUGAGUCGAAUUGCUGUGCACAUUGCAACUUCCAAAUCUGGGAUCUCACCCAUUGGAGGUGAGGACAGUGGCAGCAGCGCCCUUGGAGCUGAUCUGCUGACCUUGCGCAUGACCCGCCCCCCGCAACCAGCAAGUCGGCCUCAGUCACGGUUGGACCCUCGGAAGACGCCUUCGCCCCCACCUCAGGCUCUGGUGGCCAUGUCACCCGAAAACAACGACGCUUGUGACCCCAUUCGUUUCGAUGACUUCUUGGUGGAUAACGAACGUCUCAUAGCUCUUUCUCACAUCUAUGAAUCACAGUGCCACGUCCUCUUGGCGCUGCUUACCAGGUUGCGUGGACAAACAGAAGCCAUCAACCAGGAAGUUGAGAACCGCCAGAAGAAGCUGAACAGCCGCCUGCAAGAGAUCCAGAGCUUGCAAGAAAAGGCUUCGGGUAAUGGCCACGAAACCCAGCUCAAGGACCUCUGUACAUUAAUCAACGAGUGGCCAGCCUUAUCUGGCGAUGCUCAGGCUCAGGCUCAGCUUGACCAACUGGUUGCGCAAAUUGCAGAGGUUGUUAGCGAUGUGUUUGGAUCGAGCGAGUACUCGCCGUUGGUCCCUCAAACCCAACAAGCGCCCUCAAGUGCAAAGAGCGGCUCCACCAAGAGUCCUGUCAGUCAGAAAGGCCGAAUGAAAUCCAAAGAUGAAAGUGAAAGCCCGAAGCGUAGGGCCUCAGAACCUGUCAAUGGCGCUGGGUCAACGGUGAGUGCUGGCAUGGGUCAAGAGGCUCUGUUGGCACUCCUUGAAGCUCGAGUGACCGACCUCUGUGCGAUUCUUGAUACGAUAGACGCCCCUUUGCGAGAUGCCAUCUUUUUGAACUGCGAGCAAGCACGGAGGGCUCGAAUCAAGGAAGAAAAGAGACAAGACGCAGAAAUGCGCAGAGCUCAGCGCAAGCAGCGACACUUGGAGAGGGCACUGGCAGAACCUCCACCAAAACCACUUUAAACAUCGACUGUUUUCUUGAUGAUGAGGAUGACUACUCUCGAACGCAGAUUUAUCUUAUCACAAACGGGUUCUUUUGGUUAUGUGAUCACAGGAAAAUAAGUUGCUAUUAUUUUUCAGCGGAAACAUUUGCGAAUCACUCUUAUUUAUGAAAUUCUCUCUCUCUCUCUCUCUCUCU